AUGGAGCUCCAGAGCCUCCAGGAGGCGUUAAAAGUGGGGAUCCAGGGUCAUCAGAACGGCGACCUUAAGAAACAGCUCCCAGAGAGGCAUUCCCGGAUAGCGGCCCUUAACCAGAGACAAGUAAGGCUGGCUCCUGCCGUUCUUCACUCAUCUGCCGGUCCUGAGGCCUUGGGCACCAUUGCGGCAGUACCCAUUAAAGUUCCUCAGGUCAGCUCCUUGCACAGGUUGGCGGGGCAAGGACCAGCAGCGCUACCUCAGGUCAGGCCAAAGACCCUGAUUCCCGACAGCCUUCCCAUCUCCCCAUGCCGAGAGCGCCCAUCCAAGCAGACACCAAGCUUCCAGAAGGCCACUGUCGUCAGCAUCAAAAACCCCAGCCCGGCCCUCCCCACCGCCAACAACACCGUCAGCCAACCUGUGGCGGAGCCUGCUGCCCUCACCUCCCCCCUGAGUGGGGCUGGGGUCGCCUACGCCAUCAUCUCCACGUCCCCCAGCAAUGCCGCCUCUCCCAUCAAACCCAGCUCUACCCCUGCCACCGCUGCUGCCGCCGUCUCCAUGGUCAGCGACAGCAUCAAAGUCCAGCCUCUCCUCAUCAGUGCCGACAACAAAGUCAUCAUCAUUCAGCCUCAAGUUCAGACCCAGCCCAACAGCAAGGCAGAGGCGCCAAAGCCUCCAGAAGAGUUGUCUCAGGGAGCCCAGGCCUCUAAAAGGAAGAAAGAGGCAGCUCCUGAUGUCCAGGAGAAUCCAGAGAAAAUCGCCUUCAUGGUGGCCUUAGGCCUGGUCACAGCUGAACACCUGGAAGAAAUCCAGAGCAAGCGUCAGGAAAGGAAGAGGAGAAGUACGGCGAACCCAGCAUACAGUGGACUCCUGGAGACUGAGCGGAAACGCCUGGCAUCCAACUGUUUAAACAGCCCUUUGUUCCUGUCAACAAGAGCCAAUGAGGAGCCCUGCUGGAAGAAUGAGAUCUCCCAUGAGGAGGUGUGUGUGAUAUGUAAGAGAGGCACCGACCUGCAGCCCUGUGGCACCUGCCCGGGGGCCUACCACCUCAGCUGCCUCGAACCCCCACUCAAAACCACACCCAAGGGUGUCUGGGUGUGUCCCAAGUGCCAAGAGAAGGUGUUGAACAAAGAUGAAACUGUGCCCUGGACGGGGAUGUUAGCCAUUGUUCACUCCUAUGUCACCCACAAAACAGUCAAAGAAGAGGAGAAGAGAAAGCUCCUAAAAAGGAGCAGUGAACUGAAGAGUGAGCGCAGACAGCUGGAACAGAAGGAUCGGCUCCUGAACACGGCCGUGAAGAAAUGCCUGGAGCUCAAGACCAGCCUGCUCACCCAGCGGAAGGGAGCCCAGUCAUCCCUGGAGCGGCUCCGGGUUCUCCUCCGGCUGAUACAGAACGAGCAGAUGCUUCAGGUCACCAUGACCACCGCCACCGCCUCUGCCUCCUCGCUGCUGGCUGUGCCUUGGAUCAAGCCAGCUGCCACCUCUGCCACCAUGGCCAUGCACACAGCCCUCCAGCAGGCCCAGGGGAACAACUGAGGCCCAGCAAGGAGUGGACCCCAUGGGGUCCCUUUGACUUCUUUUGCUACUGAUGUAUUUUUCUCCUGGCGUUUGGGGGCGUGAUGGAGCAUAGACCAGACAUUGGAGCUUUUCGGCAGGAUUUGAGGCUUUCAAUCAUUUGACUUUGGGGUUGGAGCCUUGGGGGGGGGGUUGUUGUUUUUCCUUUGAAAGAGCCAAUAAAUAUUCCAUUUUUUCCGUUUCUUGCCAGUAUGGACACUAUGCCAAAAAAUACUUUUACAUUUUUGUACUGUGUUUUUAUUGCAAAGAUAUUUAAUGUGAAGGAAAAAAAAAUCGCUGCUCUUUCCCUGCAGGGCCAAGGCUGCUCUGGCCCAGGAUAAAGGUUGGCCUGCCUCUGGGGGAGAGAGGCGAUCCCAUUGGAGGGAUCCAGAGACUCUUUCUAAGGUUGGGGGGGUGGGGCGGAUCAGGGAGGAGGAAGAGGAGGAGGACUGGGUUGGGACAUUUCAAGGGUCUGCAAGCCCUGAGUCCUUUGGCCAUUAAACGUCAUAGUGGCAAGAACAUUCAUGAGAAAACCCUCCAGCCUCCGAGUGUUUCACAAGCAAGUACUGCUGAGAGUCCACGGAUCAGCCCUGGGACCUCCUGAGGCCAACGUUGAGAUGAACCUGGGACUCACCAGCGUCUGCCUGGCUGUUGCCAAUCCUUGUCAUGUCCACCCACUCAGAUGUUCCACAUGGCCUCUGGACGGGUUGUGGGACAAGGGUCUGCCACAUCCGAAGAUCCCAUGGUGCCAUAUCCCAUGAGCCGCUCCCAGGCGCCACCAGCCAGGGGCUUGGUCUUCAUUAACCCGCCAGCUGAAGACAGCCCAUGGGCCCUGCAGCCAUUUUCACCAUUCCGGGAGAAACUGUGCAGAACGUAUGAUACAGAUCUAUUUUAAUACACAACACUGGAUUGAACAAGAUUUUUAUAUUCUUUUAUUGACGAACAAAGUGGAUUAAAGAAAUGCCAUCAUUAUUGUUGGUGAUCGUAUGCCAAUAUUUAUAUGCAUCACAAGGGGGCUUGCAGUGGGAACUUUGGUUCCAGUUUCACGGUAUUUUCUUUCUUCUUGGGGUGGAUCUGAUGGGAACAUUAGAAGGCGGGCCACAGGUGGCGACUGGUGCCACUGGUGCUGCGUCCUGGGACUGGUCAUAUGUAGGCUUUGGUUUUCAUUUUCAUUUUUCCGCUUUGGUUUGGUUUUGCA